GCGUCACAGGCUAGCUAGGAUGAUUUAACCCAGCGCUAACCUAUUGGCUCAAUGCAAUGGCUUCUUGCAUCAGAUGGCUAAGGUUUCGACAGAAGGAUUCUGCCGGUUUGGACACAGUUUCCAGUUGGCAGAUAUGGUGAUUUACAAUGCGAUGGCAGACCUGCAAGUCUACCAAAACGCUCUACAGUCAAAGAGAAGCUCCCUGGCUGUGGGCCAAGAAGCUGACUGCAAAGGGGAAAGUCAACAAAAUGGGACAAGACCGGUGGAGAGAGGAGCUGUAGAAAUUGAGAAAAGCCAGCCACUGAACAUUCCAGAAGCAGCCAAAAGAAAGAAGAAGAAGAGGACCAGAGCAAAAGACAGCUUCACAGGGAGCUUUGACGAUGUCUACAAGCUGACUGAAGAAAUUUUGGGCCAGGGAGCGUGUGCGAAAGUGCAGGGAUGCAUAAGUCUUCAGGAUGGGAACGAGUUUGCAGUGAAGAUCAUCGAGAAAAGCGCGGGCCACAGUCGAAGCAGGGUGUUCCGGGAAGUAGAGACACUCUACCAGUGUCAGGGAAACAAGAAUAUCUUGGAACUCAUCCAGUUCUUUGAAGAUAGUUCCUGCUUCUACCUGGUGUUCGAGAAGCUGCGUGGAGGCUCCAUUCUAACACACAUUCAGAACCGGAGGCACUUUGAUGAGCUGGAGGCCAGCAGGGUGGUCCGGGAUAUAGCCCUAGCUCUGGACUUCCUGCACACUAAAGGCAUUGCACAUAGAGACCUCAAACUGGAGAAUAUCCUUUGUGAAUACACCGACCGGGUGUCCCCUGUGAAGAUUUGUGACUUUGACCUGGGAAGUGGAGUGAAGCUGAGCAGCGCCUGUACGCCCAUCACAACUCCAGAGCUCACCACACCGUGUGGCUCUGCGGAGUACAUGGCUCCCGAGGUGGUGGAGGUGUUUACAGACGAGGCCUCCUUCUACGACAAGCGCUGCGACCUCUGGAGCCUUGGGGUCAUCCUGUACAUCCUGCUGAGUGGCAGCCCCCCCUUCACCGGCCACUGCGGCAGUGACUGUGGCUGGGACCGGGGAGAGAUGUGCAAGACCUGCCAGAGUCACCUGUUCGAGAGCAUCCAGGAAGGGAAGUAUGAGUUUCCAGAGAGAGACUGGGCCCGCAUCUCAGAAGAAGCCAAAGACCUCAUCUCCAAGCUGUUGGUUCGGGAUGCCAACCUGCGCUCCAGUGCUGCUCAGGUCCUCCAGCACCCAUGGGUGCAAGGGAACGCUCCCGAGAGAGGUCUUCCCACUCCUCGUGUUCUGCAAAGGAACAGCAGCACCAAAGACCUGACCCAGUUCACUGCCGAUGCCAUCGCCUUCAACCGCCAGCUGUCCCACCACGACGAGGAGCUGGAGGAGCUGGAGGACGCCGAGGCUGGUGCCGGGGUGGCGGCCGCGGCCGCCGUGGUGGUGGUCUGCUCCAUGCGUCUGUCCCCACCCUCCAACUCCAGGCUGGCACGCCGACGGGCCCAGUCCAAUGCCAUGCGCGCCGCAGACUUCCUGCCCUCGCCGGAGACUGGCGUCGCCACUUGACCCACCCGCACCUUGAGGAUUACGACGGUGGUAAUUCUUGAGAGCCAUGUUUGAACUGCCCUCCUCUUCUUCUGUCUGCCCAUUGGUUUAUCCGUUAUUGUCACUUCUGCGUCGUCAUCUAAUUUGAGAUUUCCAACGGAACCACUAUUUAUUUUUAAUCGUCUGAUGAAAUUUACUUAAACCUAAAUAAUUGAGUCAUCCUGGUAAAAUGGUGGAAAAAAUGUAUGUAUGCUCCCAAUAAGGAUGAUUAUGAUGAUGUGGUAAAUCUAGAAAACCAUGUUUGAAGCAUUCCUCUUCUCUGGCUGUAGCCCCUCUCAUUGACAUCGUUAUCGCAUCUGCAUCCUAUAUUUUCAACAGUACCUUUUUAUUUUUUUAUUUUUUUUCAAGGACUGAUGCAAUGUGUGAAGGAACGACUCAACAGUACUUUUGUUGUGCAGCACAGUUGUGAACCUUGACUGGCAUUGGAUGAUGGAAAAGGCUCCUGUGUUUGGCGUAUGUUUUGGUGUAGCCUUGUGAUGGGUCGUUUCCAUUGGUGAAGUACUUUUCAUGGUCGUAGGUCUUAUCUGGUCCUGUAGCACUUGGAGGGACAUGUAAUCCUUGGCUACCUCAUGUCUGUUAGUGUUUCCUGUCCUGUUGCAAGCUGUGAUGUCGAGGGUGUUUUCAGUUGGUUAAGUUUUGACUCUUAUUGUUAAAAUAUGCACUUAAUUUAGGCGGCCUUGAGUUGUUAGGUUUUCUGAAGUGAGCAUAUCUAUGACAUUGUUAUUUUUUUACAAGGGUUUUAGGUUUUUACAAUAGGAAUACUUAUAUUUUGUGUGUUGCUUAUUAUGGGAACCUCAAAAUUAUAAAUACAGCUACUGAUGUAAAAAUCGUCUUAAGAUUUGUAUUUAUAUUGUUCCAGCUGUGAAUGUGUUCUUACUGAGCAGUGAUAUUAUAUAUUUUUCCCUUUUUCUAAGCUUUAUUUUUUUAUUAUAAGCAUUAAUGGAAUUUAAGUUGUAGGUUGAAUUCGCUGUUCACUUUAAAAUGGAGCUAGUUCUUCAAAUGGAUGUGUUUUCUCAGUUAAGUUGCUGGCAUGGGAUUUGCCAGCUCCUCAACCUGUGAGACACAGCCUACCUGUUCACUUUAAACCAUUACUUUGGAUAUUAGGUAGUUGAAAGGUGAAUUCAAACAGUGGUGCUCCUUAACCGCCAACAUAAGACCUCUGAUUCCCCAAGUGCACCUUGUUUUGUUGUUUGUGUAAAACUGUGACCCCGUCAUCCCUUAUGUGAUGGUGAGAGAAAGUAUUGAUUUGCCUCGUGUCUCUGGUCAAUCUAAAGGCGGUUGAGUUCUCAUGUUGCACAUGUGUUGGUUUUAAUUGUAUUCAAUUUAUUUUUUAAGAGCUGUUGUAAAGGGACUCCUUUUUUUUUUAUUAAGUAAUUUAUAGUUCUGUAUAGUUUGUUCUUUUGUGACUGCCCUUUAGCAAUCUACCAAAACCAAGCAUUAAACAAGUCUUAAUUUUGAACACAUGGCCAUUACUUUCCCCCACAUUUUUAUUUUAUGCUCUACUAUAUUUAAUUAUUAUGUGUUUAGUUAGCCUUUGUGUAUACUGAUAAACCUUUUGUUAUGUUUCAUGGGGUCAACAACAGAAGUCGCACACGAUUUUAGUUUGUUUUUUCUUCCCACAAAGCUAUUAACUUUGUUGGCUUUGUGGCUUAAUGUUCACGGCAUUUGAACAGAUCCGUCCCUGUUGCCAUGGACACUACAUCCCUAUAGCAACAAAGGGCAGACAUUAAUUAAGAGAUUUUCUCUUAGGGAACCCAUUUGAAAACGGUGGCUUGUAAAAGCCCUCCCACUCAUCACGUAACAUUAUUUUUAUUUUUUUACGUGCGGAUGGUGAGUAAGAAACAUUGAAUGCGAUUUGAUCUGUGAUAUAUAGGCUACUGUGUUGAACCUCUUGAGACCCUAUGCAAAUAAAUGCUCUCCGGGGUAUUCCUGCAUUCAUUUUCAAAGCUGCGUUCCCAAUAAAAACUGAUUCACAAGAA